CUGCACAUUUCUUGUCAGCAUCUAAAGCAAAUCAUGAAGGACAUUGAACUUGAAGAGGAACAUUUAAAAGAGGCUGCUGCCAAACUGAAGGAUCACAAACGUAUGUUUGAAUGGGAAGUGUCUAAUCGACAAGACACCUUGCAAACAAUGACAUCAAAAGUGACAGCUUUAGAAGAACGUGCCUUAAAGCUUCAGCAGGAGGAGAGGUGCUCCUCAGCGCUGGAAGAGACACUCACUAACACCCGAUAUGAGCUGUCGGAGAAGGAGCAGCAGCUACGGGAAAAGACAACUCAGCUAUUGGCGCUGCAGAAAGAAAUGGAGAUCUAUAAAGCGGAUCUAAUUCGCUUACAAGAUGCGCUAACUUCAGAGAGAAAGAGAGAGGAAAAUAGGGUCACAAUGCUAAAGGAAGCCAUGAAAAGCCAGAGGAUGCAGUGUGAACAAGAGAUGGAGGAGAAAAAACACGAGAACAGCAGCUUGCGCAAACAUCUCCUGUCUGUAGAAAAAGCUGCAGAUGACAACCAUGAGCAGUCAAAGCGACUACUGACGGACCUGCAGCAGCUACAGGCGGAGCACACAGCCCUGAGGAACCAGCUUAAGAGUCAAGAGGAACUGGAUAAGCUACAGCGGGAGAUGAAUGAGGCAGUGAGAGCGAUAAAGGCUCAGGUGAAAAUGGAAAUGCAAAACAGCCUUACAGACUUCCGCUGUGUAGAUCCCCACAAACUUAUAGACAACGUGGAGGCGGUGCUGGAAGCAAAUGAAGGCCUCCAGUCUCAGCUUGAGAGUCUGAAAGAAAACUUUCCCUUUAGUGAAAAUGAUGCAUCAAUGUUGUCACUUAAAGGCAAACUGGUUAUACCCAAAUCACACACAAUGGAUGGACACUGGCGCAGUGAGGCACUACGUGAAAAACUGCGCCAACAUGAGGACAGACUGAAGGCUCAGCUCCACCAUUGCAUGUCUAAACAAGCUGAUGUGUUGAGCAGAGGAAGACAACAGACAGAGGGCAGCCUACACAGUCUGAAGAGACAAGUUGAUGCCUUGGAUGACCUAGUGAGCAGUACAUCGGCAGACUCUACGUUUCAUUUUCAUGGUUCACCAGGGAUAAUGAGCCAUGUGAUUAACGAUGAUCAUAAGCACCUAAAACAGGUGUCAGCCCUUAGAUAAGUCCCAAGGUCAUGGUGUCCUUUGGAUGUAGAUGUUUCAUAUGAAC